GUGCCGCCGCCGCCGGUGCCGCCCAGAACGGCCGUCCUACCGGGCGGUCUCCCGCAGCCAGUCGGGAGGGGCGUGGCUCGGACGUGCGCCCGCCCCGGAAGUGACACCCUGCCACGCUGGCGGUGCGGAAGUGGAGAUGGCGGAGCUUUACGUUAAGCCGGGCAACAAGGAGCGCGGCUGGAACGACCCGCCGCAGUUCUCCUAUGGGCUGCAGACCCAGGCCGGCGGACCCAAGCGCACCCCGCUAACCAAGAGGGUCGCCGCUCCCCAGGAUGGAGCCCCCAGAGUCCCUACCUCAGAGACUUCUCCUGGGCCCUCCCCAAUGGGGCCUCCACCUUCUUCAAGUACAGCUUCUAGGCCCCCAGCUGUGGGGAGUUGUCCCGCCUCCACUGUGGAUCCCAUAGAUUUUCCAGUCAUUGAGUGUGAGACUCUGUUGGAAGAUGUGCUGAGACCUUUGGAACAGGCAUUGGAUGAUUGUCGUGGCCACACAAAGAAGCAGGUAUGUGAUGACAUCAGCCGACGCCUGGCUCUGCUGCAAGAACAGUGGGCUGGAGGGAAGCUGUCAACGCCUGUAAAGAAGAGGAUGGCUCUGCUGGUGCAAGAGCUUUCAAGCCAUCAGUGGGAUGCAGCAGAUGACAUCCACCGCUCGCUCAUGGUUGACCAUGUGACUGAAGUCAGUCAGUGGAUGGUGGGAGUUAAAAGAUUAAUUGCAGAAAAGAGGAGUCUGUCUUCAGAGGAGGCAGCUAAUGAAGAGAGAGCUGCAGCCACAUCUGAGAACCAGACCGUACCAGAACAGGAUCCAUAAUCCUAUGGGUCCCCAGACUCACCUCACACCAUCUCCUAUGCCUUGGCAUGGGAGGCCUUGUCUCCCUUGGCUCCCUCUUAGCACUUGGGAGACUGUCUGCCCUGUUGGGUUCCUUGGCCUGACCCACCUCUGGGGGAAGAGGUCCCAUCUAGACCACAGGGUGGUCACUUGUCUUCUCUAACAUAUGUUUCAAUAAAAACAUCUCAAUGUGGCCCCUGGUUAGGAGAUAAACCCUU